UUCAGGGAUACGAGAGGGCUCUCCAUGGAUCUGCCUUAUUACCACGGGCCUCUGUCCAAGAGAGACUGUGAGACCUUGCUGCUCAAGGAAGGGGUGGAUGGCAACUUUCUGUUAAGAGACAGUGAGUCUCUUCCAGGAGUCCUGUGCCUCUGUGUCUCGUUUAAAAAUUUCGUCUACACAUACCGAAUCUUCAAAGAGACAUAUGGGUAUUACAAUAUACAGACUGUGGAAGGUGCUCGAAAACAGAUCUUUCCAAACCUAAAGGAAUUGAUCUCCAAAUUUGAAAAACCAAAUCAAGGGCUGGUGGUUCACCUUUCAAAGCCAAUAAAGAGAACCAGCCCCUGCCUGAGGUGGAGAAGAUCAAAGAUAAAGUUGGAAGAUAAUUAUGGUAAAAACUCUUACCCAGGGAUCAGAAAGGAACCUUAGUCCCAUUUCCACCACUGGCCUACUUUGUAGAAUCAAUACAGAUAAAUGCCCUUUUCUAUUAUGUCAUCUCUAAAAGGCUUCACCUACUGAGAGCACUUUCCACCUUGUUGGGAAGUGGUAUCUUUGAGCCCCUGAAGGUGGCCAACAUACAGAGCUCUCUGUGUGUAGAUAGCAGGGGAACAAGAGUGGUUCCUGAGCCCUCUGGAAGAGCUGACUUCAAACUCAUUCUGUGACCUUGUGCAAACCACACAGGUUUGGGUAUAGAUGGACAAAUAGGCAUAAUUUUCAAAUGAGAAAAUCGCUUCAACCCCUAACCCAAGGCUUAUCCUGUUACAUUUUGCUCAACAUUUGCUAAGCAUUCAUUUAUAUAGUGUUAGGGGACAAAUUAUUUCAGAUAUGUCCCUAAAGGUAUUAAGCCAUGGUGGAAAAUGAGAGACGGUCAGUAAAUUUAAGUGCAGAGAAUCCAUGCUGAGGCCUCUCAAAUCAUAUCACGAGCAGCUGCUCUUGCUUACCCACAGCCCUUGAAUCUGCUCUCAGAAAAUAAUCUAGUAUCUGUCAGUUACAGCCUAGUUUGAAUUUAACUCAGACUUCCUGAGACAUUUACGAUCUAACUCUAUGGGAUGUACGGUUAUACUCCCAGUUAAAGGGAUUUCAGUUAUCAGUGGGCAGGUGAUGGUGAUGGGAGCAGAUGUGCUAGCUAGGGAGAAAGGCAGAGGACAGAGAGUUCUGGGGAGCCUGCAGUCACCCCACACACAUUCUACCCUGUCUACAACGAAGUCGCCUUUUAGGCUGCCACAGCCAGCUUCUCACCUCCCCAACAGACUAAGAAUAGCUUUUUAAUGACUAAAAUAAAAACUCCUCCUCUACCAUUGUUUCUC